CAGGUACACCGGAUAACACUGGGAUCUCCCUUGCGACGUUCUCGGACUACAAACAAAAACACGGUGCCCUGCAGAGGCAAGCUGAUUGAUUGGCUGAUACGUCAUGAAUGAACCCACUGCUUCCACUAAUGCCUGCGUCGAUUAUUAUCUCCGGGACUGGCAGCUGCGAUUACCUGCUACUCUGCGGACAAAAGUCUACUCUUGACAGGAUGAGAUACCUAAAAAAUGAGAAUAAGUCGAAACUGAGCAGGAAGUUCUUGCGAGUGACGAUUAGCGUUUAAGCAUCCCCAUCUGAGCAAGAUACAUAUAGAUGCAACUCUCUUUCUACGUUAAUUGUUCCGCAUUUGAUCAAGAUGCGGCUCGCUUGUGAAGGGGUUCCAAACUUGACCGAGGUACUUCCUUGUGAAGAGAUAUCCCACUUUGUCAACCAUACACUAAGUUCAACAUUGUGCUAUGUUGCCUAUCCUUGUGGAUCGAUGUUUCAUGCCCUGUUGUUGUUCCCCC